CUUUGUCGCUCAGUUUGCAAGAUGAGGACUCCUUCCAACCUACUUCACGUGCGCGGUGCCGACCCUCUGGGACAACGAACACCAUCGCCUGAACACCCAAUUGUCAGUGUUCGCGAUUUUCCAAAGUUGCAGGCGCCGUACUUGGCUGCUUUGAGGCCCUCGGAAAAAACGUCGGAAAGGUCUGGUUCUCGCAAAUCAAGGCCUUCAAUAUCACCUUCUCUUCCUCCUGGAUGGACGUCGUAUAUACAUCCAAAAGGCUGGGUUUAUUAUUUCAACGCAGACCAUCGAAUAGUCACCGACUUCAAGAUUGAGUACCAAUUGGGUCUGCAAGAGUUCCAGGCCGCCUUGCGCGAAGUCCAGGGGUUUCCUGUCGAACUGCUACCUGAGUCGUGUGAGCUCUGGAUAGACUGUAAACUGGAGUCUGGGGUGAAUCAAGCGGAGAAGCUCUUCAUAGACCACGAGAAGCGAAGGCUCAGCCAGAAAGUUCCUGUACAUCGGCCAGGUUCAGAAACUGACGACUGGUCGUGGCAAGAUGAGGAACUCGACGUUAGGCAACAAUUAAUUUAUGAGCAAGCAUAUUGGGAGUAUAUCAUGAGCCAUCCUUGUCAUGCACCACUUCCUUCACACGCCGAAGAAGAUGCAAAAGCGGCUCUGACCUGGUUCUUACAAGAUCGUCUUCUCUCUUCAGAAGAGAGCAUUGCGCCUUAUUCGCGGGAACUUAGCAAAGACUUGCUUGAUGUUCUGUCGAUUAUGUCAGACAAUGAGGAAACGUUUAAUUCUCCACGAAAUGGAUAUAUCAAGACUCAUCUUGUUGCGAGUAUUCUAGAGCGAAUAGCCGGGGAGCGGUUACGACAGCAUUACGGUCAACAAGAUGCUCGACGUUAUCUAAAGAGGACGUUGAAGAUCAGAAACGAUGACCUAACCAGGCCGCAUGCCGCACCGUUCAGCCUACUCUUAAGCUUCGCUAUGUCCAUACUUUGCUUUGGAGCGCCCUAUUCAUACUUAAGGCACAUCAAUGAGUUCUUCAUAAGUGGUCCUGGAAGGACAGACACUAUAAUGGAACGCUGGCAGACAUUUGUAGAUGAAAAUGUGGCAGACUGGACUAACACCAACCUUGUGGCGACUGUGUUGGUCAGUGCUUCCGUAGCAUUGCUUGCCAUUCCCGGAAUCGACUCGACAACCCGAAUCUUGGGUAUUAACUCCACGUUAUGUUCGAUCGCAAGUAUUAUCGUCGGCCUGCUUAAUGUCUGGCAACACCAGCACAAGUCGCGCUCAAACCUUGAGCUAACCGUCAUUUUCGACUUUUUUGACAAAGCAGAGAGAAUCGUAAAGAGCGACGAGCUACUAGCCAUCCUUCUUGCACUGCCGAUGGUGUUACUAAUUUGGUCAACACUUUUGUUUGCGGCAUCGAUGGUCACUUUUGCAUGGCUCGGAGUUAACGAGACAGCUUUGGAAGCAAGCAAUGGUGAUGAAUCACUCGCUGACGUCAAGUUUGGGCUGCCCACUGCCUGGAUAGCAACAGGCUGUCUUAGCUUCCUAGUAGCCCUGGUCCUUUUCUCGUUGCUCUUUUUCUGGAGGGUAUGGAGGCCUUCAAGCUUCCGGAAAGCUGUCAGAGAGAAGAAGCCUUACAGGUACAAGCAAUGGCUGCCUCUUCGCCGCUAAGCCGAGCUUCUGUAGUUUUAAUGACUCGCCUUUUCUGGACGGAUAUUUAAAUUAAAAAAUGAAACGACCCUUGGAGAAUCUAAGGGCAUAUUUAGCCAUUACUUCCGGUAAGCAUAUGGACCGACAUAUUCGAUUCGUCUGGGCGCACGCCAUAAGGCUUUGGAAUUGAUAAGGUAAUGAUGCUGUGUUCAUUGGCUGUGUGGGGCUGCAGACUUGGUCUCGACUUUUCCCUCCCUAGUCUUGUUUCGCCGCAGAUCGUCCUUCACGGAAGUUUGUUCUCGAGGGUUCAUCAAGAUUCUGAGAUUGAGUCUGAACCAGGGACGUUAGUUGCUCAGCACGAUGUCCCUUUGUUUUGACUGGGAACAUCUUCGAACGUAAUCGCGGAGCCCUGGAUGUACACAUUUUGACGGAGGAUCUC